GUUCCAUGUUGGAAAAGAAUAGUCGGUUGAUAUCUAGACCAGAAAAUAAAGAAAGUAAGAGUCUUACAUUGCACAAGACAACACCAGUUCGUGAAACAAAAGCUUCUAGAUUACGUGCUGCCUCAAUUGUAUCACCUAAUGGUGGAACAGUGUUAUCAAGGAGAUCAGGUAUGUCAGAAAAUUCUACAUCUUUGGGUCUUCAACCUAGUACCAGUUUAUCAGUUAAAGAUGAACAUUCAAUAUCAAGUACUAAUAUUACUGCAAAUUCUGCACGAGAAAGGGAUAAAAGUCAUAAACGAAAAUCAUAUUUAAAUCGAUCACUUAAUAUGGAAACAAUAGCAGGAGAUCACCCAAACCAGUCUGAAUCUAAUAUUAGACAAACUAGAAGACAAUCAAUUAAAGGCUACAUAUCUGAUACAAUAUCUACUUCAAAUUCUAACAAUCAGUGUCAAACAACAACUAAUUUAAAUAAAAGGUCCUUUGAGUCAAAAAUCACUUGCCAAAAAGUUAAAGAAAAUUAUUCAAAAACUUAUACAUUACCUUCACUUAAUUUUCCUGCAAGUAGUAAAUAUUCAAAUAUACAACGAACUACCAGUAGUGGUGGACAUAGUGAUUCAGAAGUUUCACGAAGAGUUGAUGCAUUAACAGCAUUAACAAAAUCUGCAAUAGAACGUGUAGAAAGACUUAAAUCACAUGCUAAUUUGCCAACAAAUCAUACAUCACGGUUAGAGAAUCAUUCAUCUAAUACACCAUGUCACGGAAUUUUUUCUCCUAAUACAGAAAACAGUACGAGUAAUACACGUGCAUUACAGUUAUCACCAAGAAAAGGUUCUAUUUUAAAAAAAUCAAUUGAUGAACAAUCUCAAGAUGGGUCUUUAAGUCAUCAACAUAUACCAGUUUCAAUUCUUAAACAUAAGAUAUCUGAUAUUGAUACAGAUCAAAAUUUAUCUAAUACUAUGAGUCAUACAGUUUUACCUGUAACUUUUUCACCAUCUGUUAGAGAUCCAACACAUAAAAGACAUGGUAUUUUGAAAAAGCGCAGUAGUUUGGACGAAAGUGAAAUACUUCGACGACGUAGUUGCUCACCCGACGUUUCAUCUAGUGACAAUACAUGUUCUGAAUUCAGACCAAUAUUAAAAAAUCAAAGACGAUCAUCUUUGGACGAAAUUAUUAAAAGGGAUCAGAGUCCAGAUCCUCAGCCUACUUCUAUAUUAAAACGAAAAUCAUCUAGAGAAGAUGACAGAGAAGAUCGUCAAGUUGGUUCUGUAGAACCACAGGGUAUACUUAAAAGGAAAUCUGCAAAUAGCCAACGAAUAACUACUAUUAAUCAUCAUGUAACCAUUACGAUGGAUGCAACAAAUGUGAAUAGUUCGGAGAUACUUGAUGGUUCUGAAGUGAGACCAAUCCUAAAGAAAAAGUACAGUAGGGAAGAAUCAUUUGGUAGUGAUUCACCAUCUUUAGAACCACGACCAAUCCUGAAGAAGAAAUCGAGUACAGAAUCGGAUGAACAUGAUGAUAAACCCAAGAAAACUAUUUUAAAAUGUACUCGAAAGAGCUCCCAAGAUGAAUGUAAUUAUGAAACAGAAUUAACCUCACCAAAAAAAUUGUCAAUGCUUAGAAAUCGUACUUUACAAAAUAGAGCGAGUAGCAUGUUGGAGAAUGAUCUUGUACGACCUAUAUUAAAGCAACCUGGUAGUAGAGACAACGAAUCGCGAGUCCGUUUAAACUUAUACGAUGAAACGGUAAUUAGUGAUGAUGCAUGUACAGAACCAGCAAAUUUAUUUUUACGGAAAAGAGCACAAUCUGUGGGCCAUAUACAACCUCCUAAUGUUCCUAAUGAAUUUACUGGUGUACUUAAUAAACGAAGAUCUCUUGAAUUAAUAUCCGUGAAUGAUAUAUCAGAAGAGACAUCACAAAUGAAAUCAAUAACCAAUAGCAUCUAUUUAAAAAUGGACUUUUCUCUGUGUGAUAAGAGUGCCAAUACUUCUACUGUUCCUUGUGACAAAUUGUACAGCACAAUAAAAGAGAAACCUAUAGACAAGGAAAAGCAAACUAUCACAGUAUUUGGAAGUGAAGAAAAGAAUAAAGUGAAUUCUCAUGGGUCUCCUAUAGAUGAUAGUAUUGAUAAUAGUACUCCAGUUUCUAUUAGAAUGAAUGAUAAAAGAUUUUCCAAUGAUGAAACAUCAUGUUUGCAAGAAAAAAGAAAUGAUGAAAAUAACCAAGAAAGUAAUUGUAUACAACAUAGUAACAGCGUUUCCAAAAUGGCAUUGCAUUUUAAAACUUUACAAGAAAAAGCAAAUUCUAAAGAAAAGAAUAGCAUGUCCACAAAAACACAGUGUAAGAAUUCACGUAAUAUACAACGAUAUAGAGAACGAAAAAGUCAAGGAAAUGAUAGAUUUAACACUCAACCAGUAACUUUUCAAGAAGUGCAAGAAGCAGUUCUACAAAAUCAACGCAAUGCUACAGCAGUUAGAAAAUUAAGUUUAACAGAAGAUAGUGCAGCUACAACUGAUGAUGAAUUUGAUCCUUCUAAGUUAAGUUUGGCAGAACGAGUGCGUUUGUUUAAUCAAAAAAUUGAUACUGAAAAAAGUUCAUUAUCAAAUAACAUACCACUGGAAAGACAUUCACGAAGACGACCGGCUUCUCGCUAUAAAACACAACCGGUUACAUCAGAAGAAGUUGAAGUAGCAUCCCGAAUAUCUCCAUUAAAUAAUAUAAAUCAAUUUUCGUUGAAUACCAGUGAUUCAUCAAAAAUCAUUUUAAAACCUGUUGCAUUGCAUGCUCAUAAUAUGUUGCAAACAAAAAGUUUUGAACUUGGUGGAAUGAAUUUAAUAAAAUCUGUACUUAAGAAAGAAUCUGAAGAAUUAGAGCAAGAGACAUUUGAAAAUGCUAAUGUUUCAUCAUUGUUACAACCUAAUUCAAAAUCAAGAGAAAAUAAGGCAGGAAGUAUAAUAGAAAAUAAUUAUCUGCGGCAAUAUGAUUCAAGUUGUUCUUAUAGUGAAAAGGAUAACUAUGCAGAAGAUAAUGUUCAAACUAUAACCACUAUAUCUAAGAAACAAGAAGAAACACUUCAGAUAUCUGAAAGUGAGGCAUGCUCUGUAAGUUAUGAUACAUGUAACAUAAAAGAUGAAGCUAUGUCUCCUUAUCAUCAUCCUAUUUUUUCAAAACAAACCAGGAAUACCUCAUUAUUGAAAAGUGUCAGCCAUCAUGCAAUUAGUAACAAAGUCAAUGAUACAAGUGAAUUGAAUAGUGCAACAAUACAAAAGCAACAUGGUGUACCUCUUCCAGGAUUAUGUCGUAGUGUAACGCAAGCAAUACCGACGAUAGAUAUUAAUGAUGGACCGAGUAUGAGUAUUGCAGAACGAUUAGCUGCAUUACAACAUAGCGGAAAUACGAACUGGAAACGACGUAUAGUUUCUGAAUCAUCUAAUUCAUCAGAUGGAAUGUCUUCUAAUACAUCGAAUAAAGAAGAACUGACUAUAAAACAAGGAGUGCUUGCAGAUUGUCUUGGGAAAUUAGAAUCUGCCACAGAAGGUUGGAAGAAAAGAAUAGCUGUCCCGGAUGUAACGAAAUUUACAGUAGCUGGUAAAAUGAAAGUAGAACAACAGGAAAAUUUAGAUCCAGGACCAUCCUCUCCACUCGUUGAAGUUACAGGAAAUAUUACAGAUAGAAAGAAAAAAACUCCUCGUCCUGAACGAUUUAGAACGAAAAAAGGAUACGUGAAAGACGCUACAUCUAUGCCAACUAGUCCAAACAAAGAUCUAUGUAUUAAAUUACGAGGAAGCUUCUCUGAACCUACAAGCGAUGACAGCACUGAAGAAUUGAAAACGGAAAAGAACAUGUCACCUGUUGUCUCAGUACCUAAGAUAGAUGAUGAAACAUUCACCUCCUUCUUUACUGGAAUUUCAUUAGAAAAAUGUGAGGUUGAAUCUGUUGACUUAAAUGAGAGCGAUUUUGAUACAAUUACAUCACAAUCUGAAUUGUUAGUUCAAAAACGAAAUAUACGAUUGAAACGACGACGUAUAAUGUCUAGAAAUCCACUUAAAACACUUGCAGCACGUACAGAUUUAAAAACAGAGUAUACUGAGAUUCGGACUGGUAUUGCAGAAAAAGUAAUGAAACAAUUAAAUGUCGAAAAACUAGCUAAAAAUUCAUCAUUAGCAAUGGAAGCUCUAGCUGGCCUAGCUUCUACUGAAGACUUCAGUAAUAUAACAUUAAGGAAUGUAGCAGAAACAAAUAUUUCUUCAAAUAGAUUACAGCCAUACAAAGACUUAAUGUUAAUUUUAAUUAAAGGCAGGAGACAUGUUCAAGCAAGAUUAGUUGAGCCAGUCGCGGAAAGUAUAAACAGUGGCGACAAUUUUGUUCUAGUAACAAAAUCAGAGGUUUAUAAUUAUAUUGUAAAAUAUUGCAAUGUCAUUGAAAAAGCACGAGGUGCAGAAAUUGCUAUGAGUAUUCAGCAAAAUAAAGAUCUUGGAUGCCAAACAUCUCAAGUUGUUAUUAUUAAUGAAGAUAAAAUAACUUGUACAAAAAGUCAAUUGCAAAAAUUUUGGGAUUAUCUUGGUGUGGAAAAUGAAAAUGUAGAUGUUAUUGAUGGUGGACAUCCUGAUGAAGAUGAACUAUAUGAAACAUUUAUAAUAGAUACAAAUAUGGUAUAUGAAAUUAAAGGUGAAGAAUUAGUACCACUUGAAAAAUAUUGGGGUACUAUGCCAAAAAUUGAGAUGCUUGAUCCAAAUAAGGUACUAGUAUUUGAUUUUGGUAGUGAGAUGUAUAUAUGGAGUGGUAAAGGAGCCUCGGCUGAUAAAAAGAAGCUCACUACACAUCUAGCUACAGAAAUGUGGCAAGAGGGAUAUGAUUAUUCGGAAUGUACUGUGUGUCCAAUUAGUGCAGCAUCUAUGAUUGGUAGACGCAGUGUAUCAAAAACAGAUUUAAAAUCUGCUAAAGUCAGACCUAACUGGUGUUUACUUGCCAAAUUGACGCAACAUGUCGAAACAAUACUUUUUAGAGAAAAAUUCCUUGACUGGCCAAAUGUGUCUGGCAUAAUACGAAUUCGAAGUAGUAAGAAUGAAGAACAUGUUGAUGGGACUGUAACUAUAGAAAUGUGUAAUAUUAAUAAUUUAUUAGAAGAAUAUACCAACCCGGUUGAUUUAGUUCUUGAAGGAACUCACUUAGGCAGAGGCACUGGUUGGUAUGACAAUGAGUUAAUGAAACAAUUUGUUGUUACAACAACUGGUGUGAAAGUAUGGCAUAUUGAUGAAUUUUCGCAUACCCUACUGGAUGAUUCUUCCAUUGGACAAUUUUAUUCUGCCGACAGUUACAUUGUGCAUUGGAUGUAUUCUGUUACAAUUACUGGUCGUGAACUUAGCGGUUUACCGUCAAAACAUUCUGCGAAAGGUCGGGAUCGCUCGGUAUAUUUUAUUUGGCAGGGGAAAAAUGCAUCUUUAAAUGAACAAGGUGCUGCUGCAUUAUUAACUAUCGAAUUAGAUAAUGACCAAGCGCCUCAGCUUCGUGUAGUCCAAGGACACGAACCAGCAGCAUUUCUGAAUUUAUUUUCUGGAGGAAUGAUUGUACAUAGUGGCAAGAAAACCAAUACAAAAUGCGACGAAACAUGGCGAUUGUAUAUAUGUCGAGGUACUUUAGAGUCAGAGGUGUCUUUAAUAGAGAUUCCUUGUAGUACUCGUCAGUUACGGAGCAGAGGUUCUCUUAUAUUACUGGACACUAAAAAUAAUAAAAUUUAUGUGUGGCACGGAUCUAAUUCAUUACCUCACAUUAAAAAGAAUAUAAUUAGUGCAGCAGUUAAAUUAAAAACAAAUCGACCUCGCGAAACAGGUCUGUCUGCUGAGGUCAAUGCAGAAAUUUUUGAAAUUGAUGAAGGAAUGGAACCAGAAGAAUUCAUCAAUGCUUUAGGACGAAUGAACAAAAAGCUGUAUGUAUCAUUAGAAAAAGAUCAAUUACAGGAACAUACUCCAAGAUUGUUUCAUUUGUCAAGCAUUUCCAAAGAAUUUAAAUCUGUAGAGAUAUUAUGUCCUCACCGUGCUUCUUUACCAACUCCAUUUCCAUUUCUACAAGAAGAUUUAUAUCAAAUUCAUCAACCAGCCUUAUUCUUGUUGGAUAACAAAAAUGAAUUGUGGAUAUGGCAAGGCUGGUGGCCCAAUACUGGGGCAGAGGAUCAAUCUGGUAGUAAAGCAGUAAGAUGGCAAGCUGAAAGAAGAGCGGCCAUGACAAUGGCUAUGCAAUAUUGGCAAAAAAUUCAUCCAGAAACUAAUAAAUAUCCAAUUUAUCUAGUUUGGGCUGGUCUUGAACCUUUGCAAUUUAUAAAUUUAUUUCCUACAUGGACAUAUCGAGAUGAUAUUGCAGAGUUAAAUAUAGAGGAUGGUCGAAAUCCCGGGGAAGUAUUGACUGUAGAGAGCGAGUUAGUUCGAUUAACGCAAAGUACGUAUCCUCCGGCUCAAUUAUUACAACGACCAUUACCGGAAGGCGUUGAUCCUACGCAUCUGGAAUUAUAUUUAUCUCAACAACAUUUUCAAGAACUACUAGGUAUGACUAAAGAGGAAUUUCAAGAACUUCCAGUUUGGAAACAAGUGAACCUUAAAAAAGAAAUAGGGCUUUUCUGAUGAAACGUCCAGACUGCCGAUCCUAUGAAAAAUUGCUGCCCCUGUAAAGCGAUUAAUAAAGUUUUUGUUAAUUGUUUUAUGAUGUUUAUAACUUCAAAUUUUUUAACUUCUCAGUGUAUGAAUUCGCGUUUAAUAUGCCUAAA